GGCUCCUAAUUACCGUCACAGAGUCUCCUGGUCAGCGUAAGGGCUAAGGAGAGGAAAUGGCAUUCUCGUAACCCAGAAAACAACAACAGAACAUUACACACCCCUUUGGUUUGUGUUUUGUAUCCUCUGUUCCUAUUUUUUCAAACACAGCAAUGACAGAGUCGGCAAGGCCAAGUGUGAGUUUGAAACUUGUUGUGUUAGUAGUUAUUCUAGUCGUCUCCGCGUUGCUGAUUCUGCUUCUGAUUUUCUUCCUCUGCUUCCGCAAGACGCGGAACCUGGUGGCCAAACACAGCUCAGGGAGCAUCCCUCUGGUGUCCAAGGAGAUCACCAUGGUCAAGGCCUCGGAUCCGAAGAAGAUGGAGGAGGCGGAGGUCAAGGUUGAAAUUGGUGGAGCCCAGCACCACCGAAGCAGCGAACUAGUGUCGGUGGAGGAUCCCGAUAUAGGGUGGGGCCGCUGGUACACCAUUUGGGAAGUGGAACUCGCCACGCGCGGGUUUGCGGAAGGGAAUGUUAUUGGAGAAGGAGGCUAUGCCGUUGUGUACAGAGGUGUUCUGCACGAUGCUUCCGUCGUGGCUGUCAAGAAUCUUCUGAACAACAAGGGUCAAGCUGAGAAGGAGUUUAAAGUGGAGGUUGAAGCUAUUGGAAAAGUGAGGCAUAAAAAUUUGGUUCGUUUGGUAGGAUAUUGUGCAGAAGGUGCUCGAAGGAUGCUUGUUUAUGAGUAUGUUGACAACGGAAACUUGGAACAAUGGCUGCAUGGUGAUGUAGGACCAGUUAGCCCCUUGACAUGGGAUAUUCGAAUGAGAAUUGCUAUUGGGACUGCAAAAGGGUUAGCCUAUUUGCAUGAAGGUUUAGAGCCCAAAGUUGUGCACCGGGAUAUAAAAUCCAGUAACAUUCUUUUAGAUAAAAACUGGAAUGCCAAAGUAUCAGAUUUUGGACUAGCCAAGCUCUUAGGAUCUGAGAAAUCCCAUGUGACUACGCGUGUAAUGGGAACAUUUGGAUAUGUUGCACCAGAGUAUGCAAGCUCGGGUAUGCUUAAUGAGCGCAGUGAUGUGUAUAGCUUUGGAGUUCUUCUCAUGGAGAUAAUCACAGGAAGAAGCCCCAUUGAUUAUUCAAGACCACCCGGAGAGAUGAAUUUGGUAGAUUGGUUUAAGGCAAUGGUAGCAAGUCGUCGCAGUGAGGAGCUAGUUGAUCCUUUAAUUGAGAUUCCUCCCCCUCCAAGAUCUUUGAAGAGAGUUUUAUUGAUUUGUCUGCGCUGUAUAGACAUGGAUGUCGUUAAGCGACCAAAGAUGGGUCAAAUUAUUCAUAUGCUUGAGACAGAUGAUUUCCCCUUUCGUUCUGAGCUACGUUCAGUUAGAGAAAAAGAUCCUGUGCCUUCUCAUGCAGAUGUUUCCAUUAAAGUUCCUUAUCCACCAACAAAGCAUGCAGAAACCGUAGAAAAAUCAAGAUGGAGAUAAUUGUUUGUAAUGUUGGUCAUCCAACUUUGGCGAUCCAUUUUUUCUUAUUUCUAUUAGGAUUUCGUGAUGUUUUAUGAACGAGUUUUGAGUCUUUGUGCAUAUCUUAUACGUUUUAGUUUUUUCCUUUCAGGUUUCAACACCAUUUUGUUGUAUUGCAUUAUCUUGGGAACUGAGAGCAUGGCUUGUAAAUACGCACCUCACUAUCUGUCAAUUUUGUUUGUCUGCUUGUGGACACAUUCAAGGAACUUUAGUGCAUGUUUGUAUUCAUGUAGGAUCAUUUAAAAUCAGGCUGAAA